GCCACUCCAAACCUUCAAACAUUGUAUCUUGAUGAUAAUCCUCUGGUAGAAAUGUCCUGUAAUGAGCCAUCUAAUAUAACGUAUAUUUCACUGAGGAACAUUAGAAGGAACAAAAGUUUUUUAUUUUGUGCCAAUGGAACCAAAUGCAUAUUUGAUGAACUCAAAUACUUGGACUUGAGUGAUACUCAAUUGAAUAUUACUCUAUCAGAUUUUUCAAGUUUAUCAAAUUUAGAAAUUCUUUCCUUGUGCAAUUCACUCUCAGAAAGUUUUAACAGUUUACUUAAACCACUCAGCAAACUUAGAAUUUUGGAUCUUAGUCACAAUAAUUUAAGAGAGCAUUUAGGCACCGAAUCUUUUGAAGGGCUGAAUAACUUACAAGAACUGAGAAUGCAAUCGUCUUCUAUUGAAAAUAUACCUUCAGAGUCAUUCAAGCAUAUUAAAAACCUGGCUCUCUUGGACAUGAGCAAUAAUUACAUAAGGAUACUAAAUAAUGAUUCCUUUGCCAGCCUUCAGAAACUUCAGGCUUUAAUUUUGCAAGAAAACAGAAUUGGUUCUUGGAAGCAAUCUAUUUUCAAUAAAUUGCAACUUUUAAAAACCUUGGACUUACGAAGCAACUGGCUCAGUGAUAUUUCAAUUGAUAUGGAAUUUGAUUUCAAAAGAUUUGAAGAAAUUGAUAUUUCAUUCAAUCCUUUUUCUUGUGAUAGUUGUCCAAUGAUUGAGUUCUUUGAUAGUUGCAUUAAUAACAUACAGAAUUUUACAGGUGUAUGUGAUAAUCAGGAUUUUAAUACCACCCUGCGUAAUUGGAAUGAAUCACAGUCAUAUGUGUGUAGAACAGACAAUAAUAUACAAAAAAAUCUUCCAGUUGUAAUAAAAGAGAAUUCUUGCGGAAAAAGUUCUUCAAGUACAACCUCCUCUAGCAGCACCACUGAGAUCUCACUUCCAUAUGAAAGUACAUCCACCUCUCAAGACAAGAAAACAUAUAUGAAUUACUUAUAUUUAAUCAUAGGUAUCAUUCCAGUAGCUGGUGUACUAUGUUACUGGAAGCGCUGGAAUAUAAUAAUGUUUGUGCGAAUAUUCAGAAGAAAUAUGGUGUUAUCACUGCUAAAAGACAGUAAAACAAAAGAAGGAAAAAAGGAAAGUUAUCAAUAUGAUGUUUUUUUGUCAUAUAGUGAUCGUGAUCGGGAAUGGAUUCUUCAACAACUGAUACCAAAUGUUGAACAACGAGGUCAUAUCAAGGUGUGCCUCCAUGAACGAGAUUUUCAAGCUGGUCUUCCAGUCCUUGAAAACAUUAUUGCUUGUAUGGACCACAGCAGAUGUGUAUUACUUGUAUUGUCUGAAGCAUUCCUUGGCAGCCAUUGGUGUCAAUUUGAACUUAAUUUAGCACAACAUAGACUGCUAGAAAUGCAGCAUGAUCGAUUGAUUUUGGUGCUGCUACAAAAUAUUCCUCGUGGCAAAUGCUCAAAAAUGUUGCGUUAUCUAAUGCUGACCAAAACAUACCUUUUAUGGCCAGAAAAAGGAGAUGUGGAAGAGAAACUAUUAUUUUGGCGCAAACUGAAAAAAGCGAUAGGUCCAGUACAUGACACAGUAAAUGUUUCAUUUGCUUAGUAGAAUUCAAAAAUAUCAGUAAAAUGAAUUACAUUUUAAAACAAUACUGAAAUUUAAUAUGUUUUGUCUACAUAUACAUUGACAACAAAUUUUGUUGAAACAGGAAUGAAAAAUAUUUGCUAAAAUAAAUAUGAACUAAAUAAUUGGAACUUAAUACACCCUUACUUUACUAUAAUUUCUUCUGAUUGUAUGGAGAUUAUCACUACUGACAAGAGAAUUAGUCAUUAAUUU